ACCCCCCAACUUUAUCCCCUCCAUCUCCACCUUAGUCCGCUCCGCGAAAUAGCUUCGCUGCCUAGGGUUUCCGUCCAUUGACCUUCGACGCGCUCAGCAGAAGCGAAGAUGGCUGACGUCAAAUCACAAGCGGUGGAAGAUAACCUAGCAAGGGAGGAAGACGAUGUAGUAGCCCAAGCAGAGGAGUUCGACGACGACCAGGAAGAGGACGACGAGGGAGAGGACGGAGAGGAGGAGGAGGAAGAAGAAGGCGGCGACGACGACGACGAGGGCGAGGCGGCGGCGUUGUUCGGCGGGCAUGCGAGGCCCAACGCGAUCAACGACGCGCCCGGGCUGCGCGCCAAGCUCGACGCGUUCGAGUGGGCGGGCAAGCGGCCGUGGAUGGAGUCGCUGGCCGUCAUCAUCAUGGACGACGCCCAUGCUGGCCCCGCGGAUGCCGGCCCGGAUGGCGGCGCCGCCGGCGGCGUGGAGGCGGUGGAUGCGGCGGACGAUUUGGUGCGCGAAGCCGCGUUUUACUCGCAGGCCGCCGCGGGCGCGAAAGCCGCGCUCACGCGGCUCCAGGAGGAAGCCGCCGCCGCCGCCGCCGGUGGAGCUGCCGCCGCGGGCGGGGAGGAGGGGGAAGAGGGGCGGAAGCCAGCCCCAGCAGCGGUGGCGCUGCUGCGGCCCGCGGACUACUACGCGGAGAUGGUGAAGAGCGACGCGCACAUGGAGCGCAUCCGCGCGCGGCUGCUGGCACAGCAGAAGGAGAUGGAGGGCGCGGAAGAGCGCAAGAAGGCGCGCGCGGGGAAGAAGUACGCGAAGCUGGUGCAGGCGGAGCGGAAGAAGGAGCGCGAGAAGGAGAAGAAGGACUCGGUGCAGGCCGUCGAGCGCUGGCGCAAGCUGCGCCAGCAGAGCAACUUCCAGGACGGGGGGACGGUGCCGGGCGGAGCGGACUUUCCCGUGGAGCUGGAUGAGGCGCUGGGGGGUGGGUUCGCGCGGGAAAAGCGGGGGGCUGGUGCGCGCGGGGGGAGAGGGGGGGGGAGGGGAUCGAUUGAGAAGCGGAAGCAGCGGGAUGCGAAGUAUGGGUUCGGCGGGCGGAAGCGGCUGAAGAAGCAGAACGACGCCGACUCCACCAACGACUUCAGCGCCUUCGGGGGGUUCGGGGACGAGGAUGGCGCGCGCGGGGGGAGGGGAGGGUUCCGGGGAGGGGGGAGAGGCGGGGCGAGAGGGGGGGCUAGAGGGGGGGCGAGAGGGGGGAAGGCGCAACGGCCAGGGAAGGCGCGGAGAGAGCAGAUGAGGAGCAAGCAGUAGAGGGGGGGGAGCGCAGGAGGAUCAAGGCAGCGAAUGGAGUGACGGGAAGUGGGGAGGGGAGCAGAAGAGGGCAGCGGUCGAAUGGCAUGGGGUCGGAGUGUGUGCGUGGCGCUGGUCGGUGGGGUGCAAGGCCGUGAUUCCUUUGUUGUAGGCAUGGGUGCGGGGUGGGGCAGCCUCUCAUCUCAUCUCAUCCCAUCCCAUCACAGCACGUGGCAUCCAGUCCGCCAGGCACCAUGUGCUGCUCCCUGUGCCCACUGCCAUGUGCCAUCACCGCCCUUGCGCCGUGUGCUAACUGCACACGUUCUGGGGAGCUUGCUGUAUCUGAGCUUGUAGGAGCUGAGUGGCAUUUUGUUGGCAUGCUCGUGCAGUGCAGUGCAGUCUUCCAUGGUGCUUGCACGU